AUGUUAUUCCACGUGUACGAUAUUCUUGAAAUCGAACCUCUAGAAUAUAAUGAAGAAAUAAUUAAUUUUAUUUCCUCUAAUAAUAACAACUCACAACAUUCAAACCAAAAUGAUAUUCAAUUCGAUGAUCUAUCUCAUCCAGAAAUGUCUUC